GGAAUGGAAAAAGGAGGACCUCCUAGCAUCUUUGUGAAUGAUGGUUCGUUCAUGGAAAGAUUCAGGCAGCUUCAACAGGAGAAAGAUAAAGAGAAGGAUAAGGUUGUCCAUGUAGAGGAUUCUAAGCCUGUGAAGAUUAUCUCUGUGGUUUCAAAUCCAAGGCCUUCUGUUAAUACGAGUUCAACUGGAUUUAAGACCAAUGAUGCCCAGAAGAAAGGUGGUAAGCUUGCUUUCAGCUUGAAACAAAAGUCUAAGCUUCUUGCACCUCCUGUAAAGCUUGGUACAGAAGAUGAUGAGGAUGAGGGGGAUACGAACAAUGAUUCUGGCUUUGGAUCUGCAAAGCGUCAAAAGUUAGAGCAGGGAGACACACCCGUAAAGUCGACGAAACUGUCAGAUGUUGCACCACCUUCGCCCAGUGAUCCUACUGUGAAGAAAGUUGCUGAUAAACUAGCAAGCUUUGUUGCUAAGAAUGGAAGGCCAUUUGAGCAUAUUACACGGCAAAAGAAUCCUGGGGAUACACCAUUUAAAUUUCUUUUUGACGAGAGCUGUGCGGAGUACAAGUACUACGCAUUUAGGCUGUCUGAAGAGGAAAAAUCUAUAUCACAAACCAAGGAUUCUGGUGUACUUCACAGUGGUGAUGCAGGCCCGCGGACGUCCCCAGCGGCAACCUCUUCGCAAAAGCCAGCUCAGCAACAAACAGGCUAUCAGAUCCCUGCUUCAGCUCUCUAUGAUGCUCCUGAGGAACCUGGAUCCUCCUCUAGAUCUGCUCAGGCAUCAAUUACAAGACCUAGCAACAGUGACUCCUAUAGUUCGCAGAGGGGUGCAGACCCUAUAUCCAUGAUGGAGUUUUACAUGAAGAAGGCUGCACAAGAAGAGAAGAUGAGACGUCCUAGGCAGUCAAAAGAUGAAAUGCCUCCUCCAGCUUCACUUCAAGGCCCAUCUGCAACUCCUUCCACAGACCCUGGAAAGAGAGGUCAUCACAUGGGUGAUUAUAUCCCAGUUGAGGAGCUAGAUAAGUUCCUUGCAAAGUGUAACGAUGCAGCUGCACAAAAAGCCACGAAGGAGGCAGCAGAGAAGGCUAAGAUCCAAGCAGAUAAUGUUGGACAUAAACUCUUGUCGAAAAUGGGUUGGAAAGAAGGUGAAGGUAUAGGAAGCUCCAGAAAGGGUAUGGCAGAUCCUAUAAUGGCGGGUGAUGUAAAGACAAACAACUUGGGAGUUGGGGCUUCUGCUCCAGGAGAAGUGAAUCCCGAGGAUGAUAUAUACGAGCAGUACAAGAAGCGAAUGAUGCUGGGUUACAAACACAGACCCAAUCCACUGGGAAACCCCAGGAAGGCGUAUUACUAA